CAACUGUAAAAUAUUCAGUGAAUACAUCAAAACAACAUCAGUUUACUCAACAAUCCAUUUGAUUCUAUAAGAUUUUUGUUAAACUAGCCACCAAUACUUUAACUCUUAACUACAAUCAUGUCAACUAUCUCAGUUUCGUUUCCCAUCCAGUUCAUUAUCAUUUUGUGCUCGUUUGCAGGUUCCUUGACAAAAAAUAUUAAUGAAAGAAACAAUACCAAAGCUCUGUUCAGUUUUUCGGGGCCGAUUCAGUCCAAACUGAUCGGUGGUUUCAGAAGUAGUGCCAGACCUUUUUUUGUCAAACUUCAUGCUGAAUUUGGCGCCAAUCGCAGAGAUUAUGAGUUUUGUGGGGGAGUUGUGAUUCACCCCAAAUGGGUGUUGACAGCUGCUCAUUGCGUUGACCUCAAAAACAAUGAGAAAGUGUCGCUAGAGUUUGCCGACUUCCGCGUUGGUGCGUCAAAGAGACUGAGUACAUUUAUAGGAGUCCAAGCCAUGACUCUAGCCAAAAAUUAUAAAUCCGAUCGUCGUAAGCCCUACAAAGACCUGGCUCUUAUCAAAAUGAAACGGGAAGUCUCCGAUAUUCAUGUACUUCCAAUGUGUCAAGAAGAAGACCACACGUACCUGGGCGAACUUCUGGGUGCAUGCGGUCUGGGUUCAGUAUCCGGCGACAGAAGGAACCCAGUUUAUCCAGAUAUCUUGUUGGAAACUUAUUUCUAUGAUCAAAAUUAUCCAACUUCUCAGCGCGAGUUUAGUCCGGAUAAUUGCAAAUACGACCAAAUAUGCACAGAACCAUGGUUCGAAGGAUCGAAUAUCUGCUACCUUGAUGACGGGGGUCCCCUCUACGCUUUUGACUUGUCGACCAUUCAACCCAAAUGUGUACUCGGCUUAGCUAGUUAUGUAACGAACGUCGGCAAUGGCUGUGACGGAUAUAGCGUGUUUGUAAACCUUGAAAGCUUCCGAGCAAAAAUUUUGAAAAUUAUUGAGCAAUAUACUUAGAGCCAUAGGUUAUAACAAAAAAACUGCUAUUAUCAGGACAAAGACUUAAAGGAACGU